GCUGGGGUUCCCCCGUUCUCUGGGCCACGCGCAGCUCUGGGGGGGCUGCCGGCGCCCCCCGGGAGCUCGGGAAGGGGGGGACCGGCGGCAGGGACAGGGACAGGGACACGGCCAGCGAGCCGUGCCAGGUGGCCGGGGUGACAUUUGCUCCGUCCCUGCCGUGGGGACAGCUGCUUCCUGGCUCUGCCAUCUGAACCGGCCCCGGAACGGAAACCCGGGGGGGGGGGGCUCAGCCCCCCCAGCCCCGGCGGCAGCAGCUGGGGUUGGGGGGGCCGUGGCACUUGGGGGGGCACUGCUGGUGACCCCCCAAACCCUCUGUGGCAAUGGGGGUGGCGCUGGGUGACCCCACUGAGCAAGAACCGGGGGCCACAUUUUGGGGGACUGGAGCAUGUGGGGGGGGGGGUGGGGUGUAAAGGCCUCAUUAGCAUGUCUAAUUACUGAUUUCUUUUUGAUGUGGGGCGCCUUCUGAACGAAAAAAAACCCAAAAUCCGGCAUGAGACCGAUGGGGGGGGACGCGGAUAUCGGGAUUGUGCCGGGGAGGGGAGUCCCAAAAAGUCGCAUUUUCAGGGAUUUCGUUGUUGGUGUCCCCUGCCUUUGCCACCCCCACCCCUGUGUGUCCCCCCCUUCCCAAUGUCCCCCCAUUCUCCAGUGUCCCCGCUCAGUGUCCCCCCCUUUCCCAGGGCGUGUCCCCCUUCCCUGCUGUCCCUCCCUUCUUGAUGUCCCCCCCAUUCCCGGUGUGUUCCCCCCCCCUCCCCGUGCCCCCCUCUUUCCUCCUAAGGGCUUUACGAGGCUGGGGGGCCCGGGGGGGACUGUCCCCCUGUCCCCGCUGUCCCCCUGUCCCCACUCUGUGUCCGGGGGGGGGUCUCACCGGUGGCUUUCCCGUGGGGUGCCGCUCGGGGGGUCCCAGGGGUGCCCCCCCCGGGUCCCCGGCUGCGGUGACAGCUGCCGGGGUGGGGGGGGUUGGUGGCUCCGGUUACGGUGACAUCAGCCCUACCUUCCCACCUGGCGCGGGCGGGGGGCACGGGCCCCCUCCCCCGGGGGUCGCGGGGGGUUUGACGUGACAGCUGAGCCCCCAGCGCCGCCGGGGCGUCCCCGAGGGGGGGGUGGCACCCCCGGGCACGGGACCCGCGCGUGCGGGACCCCCCUGGCAGCGGAGGGGACAGCGGUGACACAGGGCAGCGGCGGAGGCGGCCGGAGCAGCUCAGGUGCGGUGGGUGCCCAGCCGGGCCCGGGGCCACCAUGGCACCGCCACCCCGCGUCCCCCUGCUGCUGCUGCUGCUGCUGGCGGCCGAGAGGACGGCGAGGGGCACCUUCCCCGAGGAGCCCGGCCCCAUCGCCGUGGCCCCCCCGGACUAUGUGAAGCACUACCCCGUGUUCGUGGGGCACGGCACCGCCCGGCCGGGGGGGCCCGAGGGGGGGGGCAGCCAGCGCCUCAACAUCCAGCGCAUCCUCAAGGUCAACAGGACCCUCUUCAUCGGGGACAGGGACAAUGUCUAUCGGGUCAGCCUGGAGCCCAGCGGGGCCGCUGAGAUGCGCUACCACCGGAAACUGACGUGGCGCUCGAACCAGCACGACAUCAGCAUCUGCCGGAUGAAGGGCAAGCACGAGGCAGAGUGCCGAAAUUUCAUCAAGGUGCUGCUGGUGAGGAACGAGAGCCUCCUCUUCGUCUGUGGCACCAACGCCUUCAACCCCGUCUGCGCCAACUACAGCAUGGACACGCUGGAGCCCAUCGGGGACAACAUCAGCGGCAUGGCCCGCUGUCCCUACGACCCCAAGCACGCCAACGUGGCCCUGUUCACAGGGGGGAUGCUCUUCACCGCCACGGUGACGGAUUUCCUGGCCAUCGACGCCGUCAUCUACCGCAGCCUCGGGGACAGCCCGACCCUGCGCACCGUCAAACACGACUCCAAGUGGUUCAAAGAGCCCUACUUCGUGCACGCUGUGGAAUGGAGGAGCCACGUCUACUUCUUCUUCCGCGAGAUCGCCAUGGAGUUCAACUACCUGGAGAAGGUGGUGGUGUCACGGGUGGCCCGGGUGUGCAAGAACGACAUGGGGGGCUCGCAGCGGGUGCUGGAGAAGCAGUGGACGUCCUUCCUCAAGGCCCGGCUCAACUGCUCCGUGCCGGGCGAUUCCCACUUCUACUUCAACGUCAUCCAAGCCGUGACGGACAUCCUGGAGCUGGACGGGCGCCCCGUGGUCCUGGCCGUGUUCUCCACGCCCACCAACAGCAUCCCCGGCUCCGCCGUCUGCGCCUUCGACAUGACCCAGGUGGCCGCCGUCUUCGAGGGACGGUUCCGGGAGCAGAAGUCACCCGAGUCCAUCUGGACACCUGUGCCGGAGGACAUGGUGCCAAAGCCACGGCCCGGGUGCUGCGCGUCCCCGGGGAUGCGCUACAACUCCUCCAGCGCCUUCCCCGACGAGAUCCUCAACUUCGUCAAGACGCAUCCGCUGAUGGACGAGGCGGUGCCGGCCCUGGGCAACGCCCCCUGGAUCCUCCGCACCAUGACCCGGUACCAGCUCCGUAAGAUCGUGGUGGACAACGCAGCGGGGCCGUGGGGCAACCACACCGUGGUGUUCCUGGGCUCCAGCACCGGCACCGUGCUCAAGUUCCUCAUCCUGCCCAACGCCACCAGCAGCCCCGCGCCCGCCGCCCCCGGCAGCCAGAGCGUCUUCCUGGAGGAGUUUGAGACCUACCAGCCCGGGAGGUGUGGCCGGGACACGGAGGACGAGCGGCGGCUCCUGGGGCUGGAGCUGGACAAGGCUGCGGGGUCCCUGCUGCUGGCCUUCCCCCCGUGCGUGGCCAGGGUGCCCGUGGCUCGCUGCCAGCAGCACUCGGGCUGCAUGAAGAACUGCCUCGGGAGCCGGGAUCCCUACUGUGGCUGGACAGCCGAGGGCUCCUGCAUCUUCCUGGAGCCCAGCCCCAGGGCGGCCUUCGAGCAGGACAUCGCCGGCGGCAGCACAUCCCACCUGGGCGAGUGCGAGGGGCUGGUGACGGAGAGCUUCGUGGACGAGCCGGACGGGCUGGUGUCGGUGAACCUCCUGGUGAUCUCCUCCGUCGCCGCCUUCGUCAUCGGCGCCGUGAUCUCCGGUUUCAGCGUGUGCUGGUUCAUCGGGCACCGGGACCGCAAGGAGCUGGCGCGGCGCAAGGACAAGGAGACGAUCCUGGCGCACAGUGAGUCGGUGGUGAGCGUCAGCCGCCUGGGCGAGCGGCGGGCUCGCGGCGCCUUGCUGGCCCCGCUGAUGCCCAACGGGUGGCCCAAGGAGCUGGCCAAGGUCACCCAACACGACCUGGACUCGGGGGUGCUGCCCACGCCGGAGCAGACCCCGCUGCAGCAGAAACGCUGCCCCGGAGCCCUCCAAAACUGCACCUGGGAGCAGAGUCACAACAUCAUCAACGCGGCUUUGCGGGACCCUGGCGGCUCCGGCCCCGCGGGCGCCGGGCGGGGGCACGGCGGCUCCGGCCGCCCGCCGCGGGGCAUCCCCCUCUCCUGCCACGCCAUCUUGGUGGACCAGGAGCUGGAGGCCGAACUCAGCGACUCCUCAGGGGACGGGCAUUGGGCUCGAGACCCCCAGGAGGGUCCCCGCACCCGGCAGCACCCACCCGCCGGCGCCCGCCGCCCGCCCCGCAGCUCCUACGGCGACUUCGGGGGGACGCCGCACCCCAGCCCCGAGCGCCGGCGGGUGGUCUCGGCGCCCAGCGGGGAGGGGGGAGACUUUACCGAGGGGCCGCCCUGGCACCCCGAGCAGCUGAACUUCAACGCCAACAACGGCACGGGCCGCCCCGGCGCCCACCUCAAGAGGAACCACACGUUCAACAGCGGCGAGGCGGCGGCGGGCGGCUACGGGCGGCACGGGACGGCGGCCCGGGCAGCGCGGGCACCGGGCACCCCGCGGCCGCUCACGGACCUGCAGCACCUCCUGCGCUACGGCGUGGAGCGGACUCCCUCGGGAAAAUAGGGUCCCACCCUGUGUGCGUCCCCCUCGCCAGGACACCGAUGGGGGCCCCAGCUCCCUGGGGACACGGAGGGGUGGCCGGGCAGGAGCUGCGGGCAGGGGGUGAGGUGCGGCAUGGGUGAGGGGGGCACGGGCACCCCCUGGGUGCCCCCGGAGAGGGUUUGGGGGUGUGCCCGGCUGGCGUGGGGCAGUGCCCCGCGCUCCGGCUGUGUUGUCCCAUGUGCCAUCCACCGCGUCCCCUCCCCGGGCUGGAGCAGCAUCCGGGGAGGGGCAUCCCUGGGGGGCAGCAGGAUGGACACACGGACACGGGCACCGGGCUGUGCCCCCCCAGCCCGCAGUGGCACCCGGGGGGUCUUUUGGGUGCUGCCAGCCCCCUGGGGACACCCGGCCGGGGAUGCACUGGUUGUGGUGAUGGAACCUGGUGAACAUUUUGGUGCGGGGGGCUGGGGGCCCCCCGAAUGUGGCGUUAUCUGGGGAUGGGGCACACUCCCACCCCCAGUCUGGGGUCAGCCCUUUCCCAGUGCCAGCCUGGGGGUUGCCCAUCCUUCCCCCCCCCCCCGGCACCCCCUCCUGGAAAGCACAGCCGGGGUGGGGGGGCACCGCGGGGGGGUCCCCACCGAACCCACUCUCUGCUGGCAAAGGGUGCCCUUUCGGUGCCACCCCUGCCCGGCAGCCACACGGGGUGGCGUGUCGCGGGGGAGUGGCGGAUCCCCGGGGGAUGGCAGGUCCCCAGGGGGUGGCAGGCUGUAAAUAGGGCAGGGGGCGGCGGG